AUCGUAGUUCACAUGUGCCAAGGAUCUCAUUAGCAAAACUGACCCUCCUAAAAAAACUUGUCCUCGAGCCAAGAGGCAGUUCCUCGUCUUUGUUUCCAAAGGGGGGCGAGUUGUGGUGAUCGUCGUCAUAAUUCGAAGAUGCCAAGCAAAAAGAGACACUAAUCACGUAAUGCCUUCCCUCCGUAAACGAGUGUCGAGCUACUUCCGACAACUCAGCUUUUACAAUGAGCCACGAGAGAAGAAGUACAACGUCAACGAGAACUCCUUUGUGACGAAAUACUUGGAAGGACAAAUCACGGUUAAGGAUGGGUCGCCGAUUUUGUACGGUAAGAAUCCGACCGACUUGCCGAAUUACGACUUGGGUUUGUACGAUGUCGGACCGACCACAAUCGUUGGGUGCUACUCGGGACCCAACGGCGGACUGACGACGGUUAAACGAACCGAAAAGCACCUCUCAGUGCCCGAUACCGAUAUCGACUUCAUCGACACCCAAGACGAAGUCGAAGUUCCAGUUAAAAAGACGUCGCGUAAGCACGUCGAUAAUACGACGAUGCUUAUAAAGGUGGCGGGUCAGGAAUAUUUAGUUACGAAUCGUAAAAAAAAAGAGAACAAAAGUCACAGUUUGGGUAGCUUGUCCGACUUAGAGGUCGAGAAAACUAAAAUUUGUACCGAUAAUAAUAAUAGCGUAACGGUUAAGUGUAAAAACCAGGAGAUCGCCGCCGGUCGCGGUCGACAGGAGCAAAACGAGAGGAGGAAGGGCGUCCUCGUCGUCGACGCCACCCCCGCGAGGCCGAGUUACGGAUUGUCCAAAUCUAAAAGUGAGGGCAAUCCGUUUCAGCAAAAGAAAAAGGGGAAAAUUGUUAGGCUAGCGACUCGACCCAGUGACGGCGCAACAGGCGGGGGCGAAGACGACCCGAUCCUACCCGAGAGUUGGAAUCGUAAAACCGAUUACGCGUUCGGAAUUUCCGAUUCCCUGUACGACAGGAACCAGGUGACGAAGAAUCGCAACGGCGACCCGAUCGCGGAUUGCUUUGGAAUAAUCGCGCGAGGCGAUUCGGCCAUUCUCGCGGUGGCGGACGGCGUGAACUGGGGGGAGAAGGCGAGUAUCGCCGCGAAAUCUGCGAUACACGGUUGCCUCCACUACCUCGACAAGACGAUUUUUAACGACACCAAACCGUUCGACGAGAUUAGCGCUUCCAAGGCAGACGCGAUUAUUAGUCAGAAUCGUGUGAGUAACACUCGAGAGGUUUUCGUUUGUCUUCUACGCGCGUUCCACUGCGCACACGAUCUCAUCUUGGAAAAUCAGGGGAUGCUUACGACCCUAACCGUAGCCGUAGUUCUACCCUUGAAGGUGAAGGACGAGGUGGAAUCCGUGUGUUGUGUUUGCAACGUGGGGGACACCCUCGCCUACGUUUACUCGCACAAGUACGGCGUGCGCGAGCUAACGAAAGGCUCGCACGACGUCAACUGUAAUCGAGACAUGCGCGACGCCCUAGGCGCCCUCGGUCCAGUGGACGGCAUCAAUCCCGAACUAAGCAACCUAACCCUUUCGAUCACGACCGUCCAUAAAGGCGACAUUAUAAUGGUGGCAAGCGACGGACUGACGGACAAUUUCGAUCCGAACGUCUGCAAGUUCACCGUGAACACAAAGGACGCGCUCAAGCCGAAGAGAAGCGUCGCGAAAGACGCCCACGCGACCUCCUCCAAGGAGGCGGCGCCCGCGAAACCGCCGCGCAAAACCAAACCGGAAAACGUCAAGACCACCGACAAUCCGCUAAAAGUCCAAUUUCUGCGCGAGAACUCGCUCGAAGCGGAGGGGCGCGCCCACUCCACCUUCAACCCUCGCCCGAGACAGCCGCCGGUGAAAACCGGCGCGACGUUCGCGCGCUCGAAGACCUCCCUAGACAUGCGUGCCGGCGCGAAGAUCAUCCUGAGGAACGAGGACGGCGUGCCGUUCGUCUCCCCCGUCCAACGCUACGAAAUCUCCCUGCUGCUGAUGGAGGACAUCCUAAAGAGGGGCAUAUCCGGCCAGGACCUGCAGUGCACGACCGCGAAGAAGGCGUGCGAGAACCUGGUGAGCUUCGCAUUCAGUAUAUCGUCGGCGAAACGUCACACGCUCGAGGACGCCGACCUCUACUUCGACAACGUGAACGGCGUAAUGGUCGAGGUGUCGCAGCAGGAGAAGAAGCUGCGCAGGCGCAAGGGGCUCGAGCGCGUGCAGAACCUUCCCGGAAAGUUGGAUCACGUCAGCAUCGUCGCGUACAACGUCGGCAACUACGCGCACGCGUACUAAAAGUGCAAUAUUAGUCUUCGCAUUUACUUUGAUCUCGUCUUUCGUACUUUUAUAAGUCAGAGUAUUUUACUAUACUAAAAUAAAGCUCUAUUUUGCA